CAAAAUAGAAACGAGGUUCAAUUGCUUAUUGUGUGUUUUGUGUACUACAACGUGCGACUCAAAAUUCGCUUAAUGUGUCGUUGCAUAGACACGUUAUGAGAGUGAAGAAAACUUGUGACUAUGGACACUCCGAUAUUAACGAAAAAGCAGCAGAGGCACAGCUUAUCGGCCAAAAAGAAGUCUGCCAAGAGUUUACGAAAUGUCUUGGCACAGCCUCGUGAAAAUUAUUGGCCUGUUGUAAAUGUGAACCAGUCUCCAAAGUUAGUGACUCUUAUGAACAAAUUGUUUCCCAAACUGAAGAAGCCAGUGGUUAAACUUUCUGCAUCAGAGUGUAAACACAUGUCCAAAGAAGAACGUGCAGCAGCCAGAAUAGCCAAAAAAGAAGCGUUACUAAAGGAAGGUAGUAGUGGUGAAGAUUUUUCAGACUCUGUAAUUGUAGGUAUCAAUAGGCUUACUCGCGCUCUAGAGAAAAAUAAUAUAUGCUGCGUCCUGUUGGAUGCUAACGUGGAUCCACCUCUCUUGAUAAAACACAUUGUUGACAUGGCACUGAACAAAAGCGUACCCGUUCUUCUUUUACCCUUUUUGAAAACCGUUACAUUACAAACAAUUGGAUUUGCUUCGGCAGCUUUCGCUUUAAAGCGUUCCGUAUUGCAUUCUCAGGAGAAUGUAUUUUGUUCGUUAUACGAAUUGAUAGUUGAAGUUUCGUCGAACUUCAAACCUCCAAUACGUUCGCUCCGACUUUUUGAGCCUACUGAGACAUCCGAGGAGAGUGCAAAUUGUCAUCCAGCGCCGAUAAAAUUGGAAGUAAAAUCGGAACCGAUUUUAUUCACGGAUGUGUAUAAAUACAGAUCUUCUAGGAAGGAGAGAGCUUUUGUACCACCAACGACAAGCGAAAGUUCUCAAAUCUCUCGAACACCGUCGAACGAAUUUAUCGCGCUAGGCGAUGAUCCUGCCGAGAAUAAGAAAGAGUCUGUACAUAUUUUCAAGAACAAAAGAUAUGUAAAUGUUCACAAAGAAAAACAGAAGAGCACCGUGAAAAAAUAUGAAAUUAUAGAGCAAAGUGACGAGAAGUUUUCCAAUGAAUCAGAAUUACCUGGUAACAGUAAAGAUUCCGUAAAAGAUAGAAAAAAUUAUAAACGAAAACGGAAACAUCACGUUGAGUAUUUACCGUUAAAAAUUAAAUGUAUACAAAAGAAUAGUAACCGAACGAAAACAACUAAAUUUGUUAAGAAGAAAAAGUGAUGUUAAUAUGUAAGUUUUUACGUACAUAUAACCUAGAAACUUUGACUUUGUAAAUAAGGACGACUUUCCACUUUUCCCAAUAAGACCCUGUCGAUCAAAGAUCGAGACUUGAAUGUAUAGCAAGCCACACACAUACCUUAUAUUCAAAUUAUAUAAUCUAGUUUUAUUACAUCAAAUAAAACCAAUUGAUCUCUUGUUA